AUGAAGAUUGCCUGGAGAUACGAGAGUCUGGGAUCAGUGGGUGCACCAAGAGACAGGGAUGCUCAGCAGAGACAGAGUAGCUCCGCUACAGGACCUAGCACUACCUUUUGUCAUUCAUUUGAUCUUACCAAGAGGCUCGUUGCUGGUGAUGUGAAGGGCCAAAUUGGCUUCCAUCCAACAAUGAUGAUCCCAAGCCCGGGGCGACGACCCAACGAGACCUCAUCACCUUUCAAGCUCUUCAUCAAGGAUCUAUCCUCGAAACUGGCAAGUUCACCGCCGUCAGGGGUUCACCGAGUCAUAGUCUCAGGCCUGCUCUCGCCGACCAUGUACGCCAGCUCGUCUUGUCGCCCUCAAGAGGUUCUGCAGUUUCUCCAUGCGUUAAGGGCCUUACUGAGGCAGUAUCCAAAACAACUGACUGUCAUACUGACCCUGCCUCUGUCACUAUACCCACGGACUACUGGGUUUACUAGAUGGAUGGAGCUCCUGUGUGACGGUGUGCUCGAGUUCAUUCCGCUUCAAUCAAGCUCUAUCCAUGCACCUCCUCCAUCGGCGAAGUCAGACUCCAAAUCCGAAGAGCAGAUUCAGGGCCUUAUCAAGGUGCACAGUCUGCCGGUGUACCACGAGAAGGGUGGUGGCUCCCAUUCAUCGCACGACGACCAAUCGUUCAGCUUGAGCCGGUCGAAGGGUCUGAUUAUCAAGCCAUUCUAUCUGCCUCCUGCCGACGACGGCGAACCGGAACAGAAGAAACAGGGCGAUUCCGAGAAAGCCAACAUGGAAUUCUGA